AUGGCUAAGAUGAGGAAAGUAGACUCAUAUGUCAUGCUUGGAGAAUUACAGUUUUAUAACUGUUUGAACUGUCCAUGGUCACCUAAUGUGUCGCCUGAGAAGACAAAAGAAGUUGAAGUCGUUAAUGCCAGCUUACCGAGGGGAAUACAAUACAUCUACGUGGGCGUGGAGAAUAUGUAUGAGCUUGAAGUUACAGCUUGUGAGAAUAUCUUUGCAAGUUCCAUGUUUCUUGGAAUAAUAACUCAAACUAUUCUAGUUGCUACUAGAAAAAAAACGCGUGUGAAUGACUUACUCCUGAGUGUUGAUUCGUUAUCGUUGAAAAACAAAGCAGAAAACAAAUAUAUGAUGAUAGUUGCACAAAAGCAAAUUAAGAGAACGGCGAUUGGUUAUCGAAUGACUUUGCACCCUACGAAGCAAUUUUUGAUGCAAGUAGAGUCAAAAACUAAUAAUCUUGCGAAUAAAGACGUACUUUCUUUGCUUCAAUACUUAACCAGGGUGUCGAAUACAUCUGAGGCUGAAAGAUUCAUGCCCAUCUCGUUGUCCGACAGAGUUGCUCAAGAAGGGCGUGAAAAGUACACGAGAAUUUUUAAUCUGUUGAUACAACUUGAUUCACCUAGUGUAUGCAGCUUAUACCCUAACUUGAAGGAACUGCACCAUUUUGGUACAAAAUUCAUUUCAUAUUCUUUCCAUGAAAUUGUUUUGGGAGUCGCGAAAGAACAUCUCAUAAGGCACUUGCAAAAGUUGAAGGAUUCAAUGUUUAACUCUUACUGCAAUCUGUUAUGCAUAAAGGAGCUCCACUUUUUUAUGGAAUUUCACCAAUAUCUUUAUAAUGACAGUCUAUUCAAGAUGGUAAACAAAUCACAGGUCAAACCUUACGUGAGUCACAUAACUUCAAUUUCAAAAACGAGAAGUUCUGAAAUGCACGAUUGUAUGAUGCUACUGAGAGAAGCCCCUAAAUUUCUAUCUCCGCUGAGCUGCAGUGAUGGAAAAGGUUCUUCUUUCAUGGAGUUCAAAGGUUCAAGUUCGGAUAAUUGCGUUGCACGUGUUGAAAAUUUUUUGCAAAAAUCAACUCCUUUUAGAACCUCAAGCUAUUUUAUACCUGCAAACUUCAGUUUCUCUGAAACCUACGUUCAGAAACGGAAAGCAAAUAUAGACAAAAAUACAUUGCUAGAUUCAAAACAUCACAUAAAUGAACGGAUCUCAGAGCGAGUUUGUAAUAUACUUAGCUGUCAGUUAAUAUCAUUCACAAGGUGGGAUAUGAUAGAGUCUAUUGCAGAUAUCAUAAAGGUCAACUAUCAUGAUGUUCGUAAUUCGAAAGAAAAAACAACUAUCCCUCUGAGUCAGAAUGAAUUUAUUGCAGCAGAUUCUGAACCAUCUUUAGUCACGUGGUCUGAUAUUGGAGGAUUGGAUGCCGCAAAGCAACUAAUCCGAACCACUGUAAAAUUGCCGACUAUGUAUGAUAAGCUAUUUGAAAAUCAGAACAAAGGUUUGAUACUAUAUGGCCCGCCCGGAACUGGCAAAACACUAUUAGCCCGAGCAAUUUCGAAUGAGUGCGAGUUGAAAUUCUUUAUGAUAAAAGGACCUGAAGUCAUAGAUAUGUAUGUGGGAGAAAGCGAACGACACUUACGACAAAUCUUUCACGAAGCAAAAAUAUCGGCUCCUUCUAUUAUUUUUUUUGAUGAGAUAGAUGCUUUGGCUACAAAGCGAGUUGAAAAUGAGAACCUGAACAGUACUUCCAGAGUUGUGAGUCAAUUGAUACUAGAGAUAGAUGAUGUUCUAAAUUUCCAAAAUAUAUUUAUAAUGGGUGCUACAAAUCGUCCAGACAGAAUAGAUACAGCUCUUCUUCGUCCAGGGAGAUUUGAUAAACUCAUUUACGUGGGAAUUGAUCCUUCAGUUGAGGGCAAGAUUCAGAUAAUGGAGUCCCUUACUAGACGUAUGAAGUUAGCUCCAGGAAUAAAUUUUUCUUCAUUUGCUGAGACUCAUGCAUCAAGAUAUUCAGGUGCAGAUUUGUACUCAGUGUGCGCAGAUUCAUGGCUGAGAGCUUCCAAAAGACGCAUUCGAAGAAAGCAAUGGUCUAGCGAGACAGAAGUGGUAGUCGAAAUGGAAGAUUUUGUUUCUUCUUUUGCAGAUUUGAAGCCCUCUCUAUCACAAGAGCUGAUUGAGUACUAUGAAGAUUUAAAUAGCUCUUUCAUCUGA